GCGCACAUAGAGGCAGCGGAGCGGGUAGUGCUGCAGUCGCAGCUGCCGCAGCCGGUGCCGUCGCCUGCCGUGGGCAACCUGGCCGUCCUGCCCAUGCUGCUGGACCAGAUCGAGGCGCACAUCCUCUUCUACGGCCGCAUCUUUCGCAAGGAGCCGCUGGAGGAGGAGCUUCGAGACCUGGUGUUUGCCACCGUGCCGUCGCAGCUUGGCUCGCCGACCACCAGCGCUGGAUUGAGGUGGCCGACGCCUGGCGCAGGCGCAGAGAGGCCGCCCCUGCCGCCCUCCUCAUGGACGGCGGCGGGGCGGCAGCGGGCGGCGGCAGCUAUGUGUCCCCGGACGGCGGGGCGCAGCUGGCACCUAGUAGGAGUGGAGAUCGUCCCUGCGUAUGGGUCGGAUGGGGAGGAGAUGGCUGGCGACGGGGAAGAGAGAGGAGGAGGAGGGGGAGGGGGAGGGUCGUCGAUGAGCAAGCGCCCGGUGGUGGCGUGGGCGGAAGUAUGGCCGGGGAGCUGGAGGAGCUGGUCAACAGGAGGGACCACGCGGGGGUGGCUGCCGCCCAGGUGAUGACGGCGGCCGUGGUGGCACGGGCGGCGUCAGCGGCGGUGCGGGCGGCGGCAGAGGCGGUGACGGCGUUU